AUGACGAAUGCCAUUUGCGAGUCUAAAAAUAAAUCCUGGGUUACCAUAGAUUAUUGCCGUUUGCGAGCAGUUAAUCGGAAUAAAACCACUUUAACUGUUUCACUCAACGUUCUACAUCCCGCAUAUGAUAUAAUUGUGCGAGUGGAGGUGAAAAAAAGAGCAAAUGGCUAUAAGACCUGGUUGGGAAGUAAUACAGUUGACGGUUGUGCAUUUAUGCGAAGGGUCAACCAUCCCUAUUUUAAAAUGCUCUAUAGCAUUAUUAAAGAUUAUUCAACCAUUAAUCAUACGUGCCCAUAUGUGGGAAAGAAUGGGAUAAAGGAUUUUUUCUGGGACGCCAGAAAUUUUAGUUUGCCGAUGCCGAGUGGCGAGUAUUUGAUGCUUGGAUCUUGGAAGUUCAAUAAGAGGACGCAGUUCAUAACAAAUAUAUACUUUACAUUCUACCAGGACUUGCUUAAGGAAUAA